CUUCUUUCUUCUUGAAUGAAAAACUUUAUUCAUAAAGACAUUCUAGAAUUAUUAUUAUUUCAGCUCUCCAUGCACACACUAGGUGCAUUUUUCUUUUUUUUCAAUGGUCGUGGACCCAUGCCACCCACCCUUCAAGUCGCAUCAUGAGAAACAAUCUCUCUCUCUCUUGGGAUACCUCAUAAAGGGUUUGCCGCGCGAAACCGAUGUAAGAGUCUAUCCCCUGUCCAACCUAUCCCGCUCUAAGAAUGAACAAGGAAUUUUUCAAGACAAUAAAAAAAUUCGUAGCACACAUUCUUCGAUUGUUUUGAGAGACACCUUAUUUUUUUUUGGGUUAUUGCAGGAUGAAUUUACAGAGCAUUGUGAUUGGUCGAGAGAUCGCUUGGAGCAAAGCUUCUUUUUUUUGCCCCUCUUUUGACAGUUUGUAGGAAUGAACGUUUCUUUUGUGUCUCUACAAUGCAAGAUGAGCCUUCCGAUGCGCAACAAGAACAACAGCGACAGUUUAUUCCAAACACAUUUUUGAAUCUCCCAGAAAAAUAUGCCCAUCUCAGUCCUACAGAUUAUUUAUCGGCUCUGAUCCAUCAUAUUGAGAGUUAUCGACAUGUGAUCAAUGUUCACAUUGGUCAUUUUAUAACGCAUCAACAGUGGGAGUUAUUGGAUGAGGAUUGGAGAAGUGCUCUUUUACCCGAUAAACAGUGUCUAUCCAACUCUGAGGAAUGGAUAGAGUCGCUUAUUCGUAUGACAACCGAUGCUGCACCUAAUGCAGAUUGGCCUGAUUCGUUGAAAAGCUUUAUCCUAAAGACCAGAGAACUUGCUUUACCUAGACAGAAUGGAAUGAGCACACAACAGGUCAUAGAGACUUUAGAUAAACGUAUCACACCCGGAAUGACGUCUAAAAAGAUACACGAGGUGGAGCGUAUGGCGCCUGUCAUCAAAGAACUUGCCGCUGAACACAAGGUCGCUUCUAUUGUCGAUUUAGGAGCUGGUCAAGGCUAUCUCUCUCGCGCUUUAGCCUUCAAAACCAAUUUAAAAGUGCUCGCCGUCGACUCAUCCGCCAUACAAACAUGUGGAGCCAAGCGAUUUGACGAAAAAGUAGCCAAGUUUCUAAAGAAACAGGACAAGAUCCUACAGCUCCAUCAUGUGACAGAGCUCAUCACACCUGACAAUGCGUCCAGUGUUUUAUCCAAAUGGGACAAUGAUCAUCAUCUCCAACAGAAAGAGGAUGGAAAAAAAGAGACCACAGAGAAAUGGCUGCUGACAGGUCUACAUACAUGUGGCGAUUUAGCAAGCAUGAUGUUGACAUUGUUUGCAACACACCAAGAGAUGACGUGUUUUGUGAAUGUGGGUUGCUGCUAUCAUUUCCUUACGGAACAGUCAGAGGACAGAAAGGGCCGUCCAGAGGUAGGCUUUCCUCUGAGCAGCGGAUUAAAGCGUAGGAAUUAUAGGUUAGGAUCCAAGGCAGCCAUGCUUUCUUGCCAAGCGCCUGUACGAUGGACAGAUCAACCUCAAGAAACACGUACUGCCUUUGAGCAUCAUUUUUUCAGAGCGUUACUACAGCUCAUUAUGGUAGAGAAAGGUUUGACGGAUAUCACCACGGCACCUAUUGUCGGACGUUUGAACAACAAAAAAGACUUUACCUCCUUUCCUGUCUAUGUCAAGGCUGCUCUGCAUCGCUUAAAGAUGCCUAUCGAUAGUAUCACGGAGGAGGAAGCACAGGCGUACUAUGAUCAGGGCAUCCAAAUGCAAGCGGAUCAACAGAUCACCAUCUUCUGGACCCUACGUGCUUUAUUAGCACCCGUUUUGGAAAGUAUCAUUUUGGUGGAUCGUUGGCUUUACCUGACAGAAACGAUAGAGGACAGCCCCACAAAACAAGUCUACCUUUGGCCGUUGUUUGACCCUAUUCUGUCCCCCCGUAAUAUGGUGAUUGUGGCUACAAAAUAAACCUUACGUCACUCACACUCCCUCUCUCUGUUGAGAGGCCCAAACCCCCAAAAAAAAAGAAAGAAUUCAUUUCAAACCGUGUCUUUUCUAUUUUAUACCGCUGGCAUGGCUUUACUCAUGAAACGCUUGACACACUCGGAAAAGCAAGAGACCUUUAUCCUCAUACGAAAAGACUGUAAAAAAAAAA